CACAAUACACUUAGGAAACGCUCGCCAAAAUGAGUAGUAAGGACGAUGGGUCGGAGGAGCGUAUGUACGAGUAUCUGGAGAAGUUCUUCGGCCACAAGGAAUUCAAGUCGGAGUUGCAGAAAAAGGCAGUGAAGAGUGCCGUCAAAAAAAAACGUGAUGUCUACGUGAGCAUGCCCACUGGUUCUGGCAAAUCACUGUGCUUCCAACUUCCGGGAUUGAUGUGUGAUGGCCAGGUGACAAUUGUAUUCUCACCUUUACUGGCUUUGAUCAAGGAUCAAAUUGACCACUUGGGCAAGCUGAAGAUUCAAGCGGAUUCAUUGAAUUCCAAAAUGGGUGUAAAGGAACGCGAACGUGUGGUCACCGACUUGAAGUCUGUCAGACCCAACAUUAGAUUCCUGUACAUAACACCCGAACAGGCAGCUACACAAGGAUUCCAGGACAUAUUGGCACAUAUGGUAAAGUAUGAUAAGGUUGCCUAUUUUGCAGUGGACGAGGCUCAUUGUGUCAGUCAAUGGGGUCAUGAUUUUCGACCGGAUUACCUUAAAUUGGGCAAGCUGAGAUCACAGUAUCCAUCCAUAGUGUGGUUGGCACUGACUGCCACUGCAUCGAAACAGGUGCGAGAGGAUAUAUUUAAGCAGCUGCAUUUGAAGGAACCCAUUUCGAAGUUCAUUACACCCAGUUUUCGCAAAAAUCUCUUUUACGAUGUGGUCUUUAAGAAUUCCAUCGAAGAUGAUUUCCAACAUUUGGCUGGAUUUGCCCGGCAUUGUCUGGGCGAUGAAGAGGAAUUCGAAAAGGUGGCACCUGCCAAGCGUGGUUGCGGCAUUAUUUAUUGCCGAACGCGCGAAAAUGUUGAACGUGUUGCAAUGGGGGUGACGCGGCAGGGAAUUAGUGCUAUUGCCUAUCAUGCCGGUCUUAAGGGUUCCGAGCGUGUUGAAGCCCAAGAGAAGUGGAUGUCUGGGGAGUGUCCCAUUAUUGUGGCCACCAACAGUUUUGGCAUGGGUGUGGAUAAGCCCUCGGUGCGUUUUGUCAUACACUGGGAUGUGCCACAAAAUGUUGCUGCCUACUAUCAGGAAUCUGGUCGCGCUGGUCGUGAUGGCAAGAAAUCAUAUUGUCGCCUGUAUUAUGGUCGUGAUGAUGCCCGUUCAAUACGUUUCCUUUUGCAAAACGACAUCAAUCGGACACGCUCUUCGACAUGCUCGGGUAAACAGGAAAUGGCCGAGAGGGCAAUGAAGAAUUUCGAUGAUAUUGUAUCCUUCUGCGAGAUGAUGCAGUGUAGGCAUAAAUUAUUCUCGGACUACUUUGGAGAUCCCACACCUCAGUGUGAGGACAGAUGUGAUGUCUGUAAGAAUCCCAAGAAAAUGGAAAAGGCCUUGUUGACGUUUCAACGUUUGUGCAUGGACAGUGUCUUUAAGACGGGUAUUUCUUUGGAGGAUAGUUCUGAUUUGUAUGAAGGUGGUCGGGCUGCAGUAAAAAGAGCGGCAGAGGACUAUGAAGACGACGAUGAUGAUGAAGGCUCGGGAGGUGUUAGUCAUGCUCAGUUAGCCAAAAAGGCUAAAAAGGAAACCGAAGAUUUCAUUCGCAAACAAUUUCAACUACGCAAAUGCUUGGAUGCGGCUCGAGAAUUGGAACAAGAAGCUGGAACUGAAAUCACAAGAGUACAUCAAGCCCAAGCUACCACUACUAAGGUGGCCGGCUUAAAGAUAUCGAUGCGUGAAAACUAUCUAACCGCUCUCGUUGAAGCGCUCAAAAAUAAUGUAAAGGAAAGCGAAGAAGAUAAACCCAAAAGUUAUUUAGUGCAAAAGGAUUUCGAAGCCAUUGCAGCUGAUAUUGAAUAUGAAUGCUUCUCCAAGCAGAAGGUGGCUAAUAUGUAUCGGCAUGCAGUGGCCAAGGAAUUGUCCGCCAUUAAGCAAUUAACCUCUAAGAAACGUUUAAUGCCGGUACUCAUGGAUUAUGUACCGAAACCGGAGAAAAAGAAGAGCGUUUGGAACGGUGGUAGUGUGGAAUAUUUUGAACGCAAACUCAAGGAACUAGAAGAUCAAAGACCCAAAUCGAGUGAAAAGAAAGAAAUUCCUAAGGCCCUUAAAGCCCCCAAGAGUUAUAAACAUGAGUCAGGAAAACAAACAACCAUUGGUUCAUUUUUCACCAAGAGCAAAAGUAAAUCGGAAGAUGAAGAAGAGGCAGACGAAACAUCACUUUCAUCCAUAUCCGAUGACAAGGAAAUGGAGGAGAAAUUUGACAUAAAGAAAAUCAAAGAAGAAUGGUCUGAUGUGGAGAGUAGUGAAGCCAGUUUGGAUAAUAAAUUAACGGAAAAGGAUGGCCACCCACACCACAGGGAUGCAAAUCGUGACGUAAAGCAAGAAAGCAAUGAAGACAAUUUAGAAAAUCUCAUUUCUAAAGAACAAAAGCUCAAACAGGAAAUAGAAAAAUUGGAAAAAGAAGAAUUGGAAGCCAUUAGCAGUGGCGAUAGCAUUGAUAAAUAUGAUACAAAGGAAAAUAACGAUUACAAUUCGAGUUCAAAAAGUUCAAAUACAACGUCAUCUUAUGACAAAUAUGGUACACAUGUUAAAUCAAAAAGGACAUCACAUUAUAAUCGGAAUUCUCGAGAUAAAUACCAGAGUCACAUCAUUUAUAAAACCAAUGAGAACAAUGAUAAUAUUGCAGAACAAGAGGAGGAGGAAGAUGACGAAAAUGAAAACGAGUACACCAACGAUGAUGGCACUUUACAUCCCGUAACAAAAGAAAUUGAAAAAAUCCUAAGUGCCAGUGAAAAGAAAACUUUGGAAGCUGCAAUCCUAGGCAAAGACAAAUCAAAAGAUAAAUCAUCUUCAAAAUCAGAAACAAAGUCAUCCUCCACGUCGUCGUCGGCAUCAUCCUCGACUGCUGAUAAAUCGAAAACAACCGAACAAAGCUCAACAUCACAAAAAACUUCAUCAUCAUCUAAAAACACAUCCAGUACAUCAUCAUCAACUUCCCGCUCUCAUUCAACAUCAAAUGUUUCUUCAAGUUCCUCGACAACAGCAACAAAAUCUCAGUCACAAAAUCAUCAACGAGAAUCGUCUAGUACGUCAAAAACACUUGCCGCAUCAUCAUCAUCGUCGUCGUCAGCGACAAAAUCAUCACAAAGUGAACGUCAUCAGGCCUAUAAACAAAAGACAGAUGUUAGCAAAACCGUUGUUGACUACUUAAAUCCCUACUAUAAGCGUAAAAUUGCUACCAAAGAAUUAUUUAAAGUUCUCGCCAAGCGUAUAACUACUCGUGUUAUUGAUGGUAAAUUGGCCGUUGCCGAUUGCAAAGGAUAUAUUCGUGACACUUUUCAUAAGCUAAAUAUGAUUGCCGAAGAUUCUGAUAUUGAUAAACAUUUUCCAGUGGCGUAAAUCGAAUGACUACUGGCAUCACCAUGAUCAUUAUCUUCCC